AUGGUGCUCGCCCCAGAUCUGUUUCUCGACUACUUGAACCGUCGGUACGGGGACCCGAACGCAAAGGCACGAGCACUGGAUCGACUUCGAUCGUUGAAGCAGAAGCCUGAUGAGAGUUUCGCCAGUUUCUUCCCAAAGUUCGAGAAAGAGCUUGCCGAUAGUGGCGAUAGCCUCAAUUUCACCAACGACAACAAGGCCGCGAGCAGAGGUCAAGAAAGGAAUGGAUUGGGAACCCGUGAAAGCAAAUCGGUUGAUAAACGGCAGGAGGGCCCGGAGGAAAAGCAAUUUGUUCCGUUGGAGGAGCGCAAAUGUUACGAGUGCGGGAAGCUUGGCCAUCUUGCGGCCAAGUGUCCCGGGAAGGAGCGGCGGCAGCAGAGAGUCAAGAGCCCGCGGAGAGUUCUAGCGGGGAUACCUCCGAUGACCAUUCGAAAACGAGUAGCUCCUGACGAAAAUCGCCGUCAGGAGCGCGCAAAGGCUGAGGCGGAAUGGGCAACUCAGAAGGACGAGAUGGACUGUGAAGGCCUCUACGUAAAUUUCGGUAUCAAUCGAGAGUAUUUCACCACGGCCUUCGUUGACUGUGGUUGCCUGUGUUAUGGGACCAUCAGUGAGCGCCUUGCCCGCAAGCUUCACCUGCCGCGUAUUCCGAUUAAACCUCGAGCGUUGGAGCAGGUCAACACAUUCUCACCCGAGGCCAUCUGUGCCGUGACCUACUUCGACUUCGAUAUCGACGGGUACCAGAAGAAAAGAGCUUUUUUCUACGUUGUGCGAGACCAGACCGAUCCUGUGAUUCUGGGCAAGAAGUGGUUGAACCAGGAGGAUGUCACCUGCGAUUAUCGCAGAACCUCUUGCAUAUCGGGACGCACGACCAUUGGACUCACUGAGCUACUCGACAAGGGUUUCAUUCGAGCAAGUAGUUCUCCAGCGUCAGCACCAGUUUUGUUCAAAGACCGAUAUCCCUUGCCGUUGAUCGAGGAAACUUUGCGGUCGCUGUCCAAGGCCAAGUGGCUCACCAAACUUGACGUUAUCGCAGCAUUUCACAAGAUUCGCGUCGAGGAGGGAGACGAGUGGAAGACAGCAUUCAGAACACGUUACGGACUCUACGAAUGGCUUGUCACGCCAUUCGGGUUGACGGGUGCUCCCGCAACGUUUCAGCGUUACAUAAACCACACGUUGCGAGAUUUCCUCGACGAGUUCUGUUCCGCUUACAUUGACGACAUCUUGAUCUACUCGAGCGAUGCAGGCCUGCAGAUUGAUAUCGACAAGUGUGACUUUGAGGCAAAGAGUGUCAAGUACCUGGGCUUCAUCGUCGAAGCCGGGAAAGGUAUCCGCGUGGACCCGGAGAAGGUAUUCUCCAACAUCGCCGCGCCUCUAACGGCGUUAACAAAGAAGGAUGCGGUGUUUGCGUGGUCGAAGGAGUGCGACAAGGCCUUCGAGGAGUUGAAGGCUCUUCUGACCAGUGCGCCGGUCCUUGCGCAAUGGGAUCCGGAUAGAGAGACGAUUGUGGAGACGGAUUCAUCCGGUUAUGUCACAGGAGGGGCGCUCUCGCAAAAGGGCGAUGACGGCAUCAUGCGGCCUGUGGCCUUCUUCUCAAAGAAAAACGCACCGGCGGAGUGCAACUACCCAAUCCACGAUAAAGAGCUGCUGGCGAUCAUUCGCCGACUUGAGCAUUGGGACGCCGAAUUGAGGAGUGUGAAGUCCUUUACCGUUUUGACGGAUCAUCUCAACCUCCGUUACUUCACCAAGAAGCAGCAACUGAGUGAACGUCAGGCGCGAUGGGCUGAGACGCUAUCGCGGUACAGCUUCACCAUCAAGCAUCGACCGGGCAAAGAAGCCGUCGUACCGGACACGCUGUCUCGACGAGAACAGGACAUGCCGCACAGCGCCGAAGAUGAUCGGUUGCAAGGACGACGUGUUCAGCUGCUGCAACGUAACAAGGGUGGCCUGGUGACAAAAGUCAAGAGCGGUUAUGUCACCAAGGGCGACACGGAUCAACCUGAUGACGCAACAACUGACCAAGACGACUCAAUCGAAAACCCUUUCUCGGACCCGGAACUGCAGAAGUUAUGGGACGAAGGUGUCAAGAAGCACAAUCGUUAUUGGCUCAUCCGAAAGGCCGUACAGCAAGGCGAGAGGCGUCUGCCGUCGCAUUGGGGACUGCCCGUGAUGCUCUCGGAAUGCUCGAUUGACGAUGGACAGCGGCUCUGCUGGCGAGAGCGAAUUUGGGUGCCGAACCACGAACCCUGCGCACGCGGCUUAUGCAGGAGACGCCUCGAUUCAGACGUGCGUCAAUUUCCGCUACCUAUUCCAGACAGGAUCUGGUCGGAGCUGUCAAUUGACUUUGUGACAGACCUGCCACCAACCAAGUCGAACGGUUCGACCAACCUUAUGGUCGUGACGGACAGACUGUCCAAAAGUGUCGUUCUUGAGUCAUUGAAGGACAUCACGGCCGAGACGACGGCCAGAGCAUUGCUACGGAACGUGGUGCAACACCAUGGCGUGCCGCGCGCGAUCGAUAACUGGGAAGAGCUGUUGCCAGCGGCCAUGAUGGCCAUCAACAAUCACAACUCGACGUCGACAGGCCUGAGCCCGUUCUUUAUCACGCAUGGGUAUCAUGUUGACCUGAUACAAGUCAAGGAGAAGUUACGGACGGACGGAAGGUCCCCAGUGACCAGGGCUGAAAGCAUUGUGCAACGAUUUCGAGAGGCAACGGAAUGGGCCCAGGCGGCAAUUGCGUCAGCGCAAGAGCAGCAAGAGAAGAACGCCAAUUCGCGAAGACAGCCGUCAGACCAGUUCAAGCCUGGAGACAAGGUAUGGCUGCGACUUCGCAACAUCCGAUCCAAUCGGCCAUCCAAGAAGCUCGAUUGGCUGUCGGCCAAGUACACCGUCCUGAGACCAUUGGGUCACACGCGCAGGCUGGACACGCCUCCGGGAAUACACAACGUGUUCCACGUGUCGCUCUUACGCUUAGCAGCGGACGAUCCGCUACCGUCACAGACGUCGGAUGACUACCGCCCACCGGCCAUUUUGACGGACGAUGGCGAGCUGUGGAAGUGGAAGAGAUUCUGGACAGGAAGAAAGUCGGAGAGAGUGGAAAGUGUUGGUGAAAUGGGUCGGAUGGAUAGGUCCGACGUGGGAGCCAGUCAAGUACGUCGCAGACACAAUAGCACUGGCUAG